AUGGGGAAGAAAAAAAAAACAAAUUUCCUAAAUAUUAAAACAAAAUUUCUGCCAUAUCCCCGCCGCGCUGCCGCCCGCCGCCAUCUCCCCGUCCCCGCGGCUGCUGUCCCGCCCUGUCCCGGCCGUACGGAAGGCAUUGCCGAGGCGGCGACCAUGGAAGACGACUCGCCGGCCACCGCGUUCAACCGGAAGACUGCCGUGGAUGCGGAGAUGGCGUACGCAGACACGGACGACUCGCCGGCUUUGCGCCGGCAGCCCAGCUCCGCGCCGAACAGCACACGGUUGGAUGCCCGCAACCUGUUCGAUGAUUUGCUCGAACUGCACAUGCACCGCGCCGCCGCGCCCAAGGAGCACCUCGACACAUGCUACGACUUCUCCGGCGCCGCACCAGGCGGCGGCAGCGUCAAGCUGCCCAAGAUCACGCUGGUGUUCGACGGGCCGAGCGCCGCCAUGGAGCUCGACCCGUCAGGUGUCCGGCUCGAUGGCUGCCUCGCGUUUGCACCGAAUUCUGACGACCAAAUGACCGGGAUCAUCGGGAACGUCCGGUAGCAGGCGCUCGAGGUGCUCUACAACGUCGACGGCGCCACCGUGGGGUUCCGCCCUGGCGUGUGCUGAGCCCUACGAUCGUUCGAUCGAUCUCAUGGGCUGCUUCGACCUAAAUAUCUGCCACCGUUCCGGCCCAAGGGAUAUAUGCUGGGCCUGAUAUAUCCCCCUGGCCCAAUAAAUUAAGCCCCUUUGAUUUGUAUUUUGUGUGCUACUAUAUCUUAAGCUUAUUGGUGUGGAAGGAAGAAGCUUAAGAAUCAUUUUUUUAUUAGUCCAAGAGGUAUACUAUAACUUCUUGGACCUUGCUUGCGUGUGUACUAUAUGUAUGGUCAUCCUUAGAUGAUCGAGAAUAUAUUGUUCGGCCA